AUGUUGAGAACACCUCAUUAAGAGAUUGUACAGCAACAGCAAUAAUUAGAGGAACAGAAUGUGAUCAAGAAAUCUCCUUGGAUUCAUGCUUGGAGUGACUCAGUUGCUGGUGUAGAAUCACUGACUUAACUUAUGUGUGUCUCAGAUCUGAAAGACGAUGGAGAUUAUAAACUUGUAGUUGCUGAUGUUAAAGGAAAACUAAAAAUUUAUAUGGGAACAAAUGUAAUCUAUAAUGAAAAACUUAACGAUAGACCAACUGCUAUUGAAACUUUCUAUGAUUCAAGCAAGAAGCCUAUGAUUCCUUUUAUCGCCAUUGCUUGUGGUUCCACAAUCUUCUAUUACUAGAAUUUCCAGCCAUUUAUGAAGUUUGAAAUGCCAAUGAUAUAGUUCUCUUCAGAAGAGCGUGAGAUUUGGUAAACUCUAGCAAAGUCAGAUGAUUAAGGAAUUCAAGUACUUACUGAUAAGCUCUUCUCUCUAAGAGAAUCAGGAAUUGCCAUUUCAACUCUUUCAGUUGAACUUUUAUCUAUAGAGAGCAUCCCAGAAUAGUUUGAAUUUGUAAAGCAAAACCAUGCUCAAAUGCUUCAGCACUAAAAUUUCAUAACUUGCAUGAGCAAAUUACAAAAAGCUUUAGAUGAAGAAAAGACAGUGACAAUGCUAGUUGCUGGAACUGAGAACAAAGAUUUAAUUAUCCUUGACUAGACUGGAAAUAAUAUCAAGAAAUAGAUAAAACUUAAAAGUGUCCCAGUGCUUUUAGAUUGCUCGGGCUAAUUUGAUGUGGAAUAUAAGAUAUAUAUUGCCUGUAGAGAUGGAAAGAUCAUGAUUGUGAGAAAUGGAAUUCUUUCCGAAUAGUUCUUCAGAAUCGAAUCUAAGCCUAUAGGCUUUAUAAGAUUUGAUAAACAACUAGUCAUUGCAGGAAUGAAUCAGACCCUAAAUGCUUUCUAUAUGAAAGGAAAGAAAAAUUAUUCAGUUUUAAUGCCUCAUCAAAUUACUAACAUUUAAAAGAUGGAAAUAAAGAGAACUUAAGCCAUUAAUUGUGUUUUGGUUGCUUUGAUUAAUGGCGAGAUAAGAAUUUACAAUGACAAAUUUAUGGUAUAUUCUUUGAAGAGUGAUAGGUCUAUCAGCAAAGAUUUUGUAGAGACAAGCCAAUUUAUUGACAUCAUCAAGCAAGCCAGGAGCUCCUCCAGAACAAGACAUUCCUUUGAAUGUUCCCAAAAAGACCAAAUUAUUUGUGGAGCUCACUUAAAGAGAAAGAGAAUAAGCUCCAUGAUGAGGCUUAAGACAGCCAAAACUUACAUAUAGAUGCUGAGUGAUGGAGUAGCUCCUCAGAGUUAUGCUUAAGGGUCUUAGAUAAGACUAUCAGCUAAUGUAAAUAACUAAUAAGAGUAAUUAUUUCUAUAGUAUGAGGGAAUAGGACCAGUGUUCAAGAUAAAACUUUAACUUCAAAAUUUGUCUAAAAAGCCUAUUACAGGUGUCCACAUAGUUUUGACUUUCAACGAUGCCAUUUAUAAAUUAAGAGCUCAAAGAAAUCCUUUUGUUCCCCUGCUGGUUCCAAAUCUUAAUUACAAAGUUGAUAUUGAUGUUGAAAAUAUAGAUCCGAAUGGAGCAGCUGACUUGAUUAAAGUCUUUGUCUUCAAUAAUGAAUCAACUAUCCCAUUAAUAACUGCGAAUCUGAGCAUGCCACUUUCAGAAGUCAAUUUAGACAACUUUUGA